AGAGGAAGAAAGAAGGAGCGCUCGCUUCUGUUGACAGGCUUUCAGAAGAUGAUGGAGGCUUCAGAGGAGAACGGAGACGUUGCUGCGGCGUCCAGCACCACAGAGGAAGAGGAAAUGCCUCCAGAGGACAGACGUCAUGACGACGUGGACUUAAAGGAAGCUAACAGUAACUCCAACCACUCAGGUGAAGAUGCGACUGACGGUUCGACCUCAGUGGAGGUCGCCGUGGAAACGGAUGAAAACACAGAGGUGACGGUCUCUCCCCAGAAACCCAACGGUGGGCCUGUGGUCAUCGAGGCCUUCAACAAGAACCUGGCCAGCGAGAAGCUGGAGCGAGUCCGCAAGUGGAGCAUCAGCAAAUACAAGUACACCCGGCAGGCUCUGGCCGAGCGGAUGGGCCGCGGCUCCCGGACGGUGGACCUGGACCUGGAGCCGCGCCUGGAGCUGCUUAGAGACGACCGGCAGCGCUACGACCACAUGACCAAGCUGGCUCAGACGCUGGCCAGUCAGUUCGCCCAGUUCUCCGUCACCCAGAAGUCGAUGGCCACCGCCUUCACCGAGCUCAGCUUCAAAUCCAAGAACCUCCACGUGGAGUUCGACAUGAACGCCGAGGCUCAGAAGUUUCUGUCGAAGAGCACAGAGACCCUGCAGUCGGCCAUCAACACCUUCACCUCCGACAUGAACACUCUGGUGAACAAAACCAUCGAGGACACCAUGAUCAACGCCAAGCAAUACGAGGCCGCCAGGAUCGAGUACGACGCAUACCGAGUGGACCUGGAGGAGCUGAACAUGGGCCCACGCGACGCCACCACCCUGCCCAAGCUGGAGCAGGCCCAGAAAACCUUCCAGGGCCAGAGGGAGCGGUACGAAAAGGUCCGGGACGACCUGUCCGUCAAAGUCAAGCUGCUGGAGGAGAACAGGGUGAAAGUCCUCCACAACCAGCUGUGGCUGCUCCACAGCGCCGUCGCUGCUCACUGCUUGUCAUGUCACAGUUUCCUGGAGAAAAACAUGCAGCAGGCCGUUGAACAUCUAAACGCCGCCAGCGCUGACGCCCCCUCCUGGCUGGAGGAGAGCUGACGAGCGUCAAGAUCAGUCUGAGUGACUUUAAGAUGCAUUUGAAAGGUUUCUGCUUUAUGCUCUAAAAGCUGGGAGUUCGAAGGACAGUAAUUUAUUUUGGGUGAUGAAAGGGACAUUUGGGUUUGAUACGAAGUUGUUCUGAAAUUAUUAUUGUUUAAAAAUUUAAUUUUCUGUGUUUGAAUCACACAUUUAAUUGGAAGAAAACCAACAAACCUUCUUUGUUUCCUGGGCCUGGACUCAAGGCGUUGUUCGGUAAAUCCGUUAAAUCCUUUGAGAGGCGCUAAGCUUCUCUUUGAACUCUGAAAAUCUGCUGCCACUGCAGUCAGAAAGUCACAAAAGGUGCCUGAACGCCACGGCUGGAAAACAACUUCAGAGUGGAUUACGGCUCUCGGUCCUCAGCCCAGUAAAACCUCAGACCUCUGUUUGCAUUUCCUUUAUUAGAAAACUAAACACUCAGGCAGCUCUCCGACUUUACAGGCUGGAAAACAUCUUUUUUAAUACAUUUCCAUUAUUCACCUCAGGAAAAUCAUUUUUAAGAGCUGAGCCCAAAUUCAGAUGAGAAGCAUAAGGUUUUUAAGUUUAUAAAGAUCCAGUAAAAUAUCAACAAACUGCAUAUUUAAAACCUUCACCAGCAGUAAUUUGGAUCAAGCCAUAUCUCUGGCUUAUUCAGC